CGAGCGUGGUAGCCUACCGAGGCGCAUCUCUUUGAAACUUCGCUCGGCCUCGGUUCCCGCCGUCCUUCAAACGUCACGGUAAAAUAAAAUACAAUUAAAUAAAAAAGUAGUAAAAUCACCCCCGUGCAAUACUUACUCACCCUUAAUGGAAAAAUCGAUAUCGCGACAAAAAACAACAUUGCAAUACAUUAUUACUUGCCCAUGCUAUCGCGAUUCUCGUGCUCCAAUCACCAAGAGUGUUUAUCAACGUAAAAACAUUUCGAAAUUGAUAUAACUUUUGAAUCCGCGAAUGAACUUACGAUUCUAUUUCGAUCAUUAUCGAUUUAAUUAAUUUACAUUCGAUUUUCAAUGCAAAUUUUAAUUAAAAUCAAAAGUUUAUUACCUUUCAAUGGAGUCAGACUGAGGCAGCAAUUGUCAAUAGGUUUCUCAUCAAGUUUAACCUCUUUGUGUCUGAUUUGGUGUUAAAUUAAAGUAAUAAUAAUAACAUGAGUACUAAGAAUAAUAUAUUUAAAAAUAAUAUCGAUAUUGCUUAAAAGGAUAAUAUUAAUGAAGAUAAACAAUAGUGAUAACAGAAAAAUAUUGACAAUUUCGACAACCGUUUUUGGAUUUUGAAACCGAGUUUUGAAGAGGAAAUAGUUGACCACAAACCAGCUUGAUCCAAUUACGUUCUAGACCUGAAGGAACCUUUGCCUUCGCUGAAUCGUGCCAUUGUUGACAUUGUACCAGGCACGUGAAUUCCAAGCUUCACGAUAAGCGUUUAAUUCAGAAACAGCACGACGAUAGUGAUACUAAAGUGAGUUGGAUAAGGAAUCAAUUGGGCGGGAAAAUUCGCGAGUGUCUCGUGCUUUGGUGUAAAAGCGUGGGUUUUAGUGCAGAAAAGUUAUAGAAAUAUUGAAUUUCAGGAGUCAAACUAAAGAUUAUUAGCAGUGAUCAGUGUUCUUUCUUAUACGUGACUUUGGAUUUUGAGAUUUGAGCUUCGACGACCUGCUGUCGAUCUUCUACUCUGUUCAGAACGUUCUGGCGCAGACAUUUCCGCACCAGAGGAUUCGAAGGAAUUUCUUAUGCCGCGGGAUUCGGCUUCCGUUUGUUAUUGAUUCCCCCAGUGUCCAAUCCCUGAAGCGCCAUCCUGCCAUCUUGGCCACGCUUCUUUUGAUGCGCUCAUCCUCAAAGAUGCUAGAGCUCCAAACUAAUUACCCUGAAGAGGCCUACUCGAAACUUUAGAAAACCCACAUCGGUACCACUCAGAUCAAUCACUAUAGGCGGGUUCCCACUUCAAGAAACAAUGGAAACCCUCACCUUCGUCGUCUUCGUGAGAUAAGCAUCUGCGAACCAGGAAGUCCCGGAAGUAUGUGGAAGGAAAGACGAAAGAAAGAAGCAAGAAAAAUAACAAGAGAUAGAGUAGAAUGAGAAGAAAGACUUCAAGAAAAGGAUAAUCUAUUCUUUAUCCCUAGCUCUAGAGGAACUAAAGAGGGGAAAAAUGUCGAUGACUGGAAGCCUGAUGGGUUACGAAAAUAAUAACGAGGUGAACCAGGCCAAGUGUAAGAAGCCACUAAAACCUCUUCCUGUAGUGACUAGCGUCAACGCUAGUGGGGUCACUACUGCAAGUAAGUCUAGGAAAUCCAGACAAUCUCAGAAGAGAGAAUCUUGCACGAGGUUUCAUGUAAACAGCCUGUGGUCUGUUUGGUAUGGAAUUAUAGCUGUGAGUCUUCAAGCCUACAUUGCCACGAGAUGUGUCAAGAGAUUUACAGCGUACCUGUCGUUACCAUGGCCUGCGGAAGCACCUCCACCGAAAAUAGAGAUUCAUGCUUGUCUCGUUCUAGUGGGAACGGGAGUGUUUUUACUUCUUGUACUGCUGUCAGCAGCAGUCUUCAAAGUGGGCAAUCUAGCCAACGACGGCAUAAAACUCGGUCGACAUUUGAGCGCCUGCACACGUGAUCCACCCUCUUCUGUGCUCACCAAUAAUCCAGAUUCGGGAGUGGCGAAUAAUUUAUGGAGACACGGGGGUCCCACUGCGGCAUUUGUUCAUCUAUGCACGGCCAUGUGUUUUCUUCUACCCUCGCUGCUCAUGGAGGCAAGGCUAAUCCACGCUGGAUUUUUGCCAAAAGAGGCGAUAUGGAGGACGGAUCUAGACUGGGUGGUGAUUCACCACGAUCGGUUGGUGUUGCUGAGCUUUAUGAAUCCUCCCAGCAACGUGAGCCACAUUACUCCUCAACCCUAUGUCACGUCGUCGCCUUACCAGAACUUCGAGGAAGAUCUGGAGAACAGUCCAUCAACUUUGAAUCUGGAAACAUCCAUUGGGACAAAUAGUGAGGAGCAACAUUCUAAGCCUACGACGAAACUAUCAACCAUAUUACUACCCCACUGGCAAUCAGCUAUUCCGGACGCCAGGGCCAUAAACUUGCCCACCUUCGAUAAAAGCACAACCGCUUUCACAACUACCUCCACGACAACAAAGUCGACAGCGGAGGAUAGUGAAACAACCAUCGGUACUAAAUCCUCUUCAAAAAUGACAACCACGACGAGAAAACCUACUUCUAAAGUUAGUGCCAGAAGCAGUUCUGUUAAAAAUAGGGCGAAAAAACAGGGGACAGCUAGGUCAGGUAGAACUAGUCAGUCUGGAGGAAACAUGACUGGUCAGAGUCUGCCCUUGACUUUGAACAGUUUGGCGGAUUUGGAUCAUCCAGAAAAUCUGAAUCUGGAAUUUAAUCCUAGCGAGGGAUACGGAAAUAUUACAAUUACGCUGGAAUAUUUGAAUUACGCCAUGGCUCUUGGCGUUUAUUCAGUUAGGUAUCCAGCCGUCUUUUGGUCCUGCAACAAAGCGCUUGGCACCAUUUUCAGUCUUCAGCUAGUUGUGAACUCCGCCCAGAGCUUAUUGGCUUAUACUGGAAUGUCCGUCCUUUACAAGGUUCAGGUUGUAGGAUCUUUCAAGGUACUACCAUUUCUACGCCAUCGAACAAUUGCAACUUCCACUACCACCAUCUCGAAGCUUUUUGGUCAUUCCUUUUUUCUGCUCAAUCCUCACGUCACUCUGGGACUAUUUGCACUUUCAUCCCUUUUAGUGCUCUGCUCAAGUAUGGUGAUGUACCUCUACGCCCACGGAAGGUUCAUGGCAUUUCUUAACCAGGAGCGAGAGCGCCGCGUGAUUCUUUUGAAGGAAGGACGUGACGGAAAUGGCUGGGGAUAUAUUACACAUUGUGCAGCUUUAUGCGUCUUUCUCGCUAUCGCGUUUUGCAGUGCGCCACUCCUCUCCGAUUAUGUGGUCGUAUAUCGCGGUAGUUUGGACGGAGCUGUGCUGGCCUGCAUAAUCAGCACCGUUCUUCACCUCUUCCUUUGGCUGAUCCUCUGGAUCUUCCUCACCGUCAAACAGAAAUGGAUCUUCAAGUUGCGAGUGACGGUUGGACGAGUGACUGUUCGAUCCGCAAGGUCUGUCAAAUUGGUGACGGAUGUGGAUCUACUUUCUGGAAGAGAUGACGACGAUGGUACUACUGCGCCCUUAUUGGUCGUUGGAAAUGGCAGAACUUAUACCAUUGCUGAUAAUUCGCCGAGGAAGGCCAUCAUGAGCGUUAUUCAGAAAGCCGCCUUGGAACGUAAAUCUCGUGCUCAAGAAUUGAAUGGAGACUUGGUGGAUGGUGAGGUAGCUGACGGGGACGAGCAGAUCUAUUGGCUGAGACCAAAAUUGAGGCCCUCGCCUGCUCAAUCGCCGAAUGAUGGAGCGAGCGCAACCACUGCAGACAGGGGAUGGCUGAACAAGAAGCUCAAGCCGAAAGUCACCUUUAACGACCUGCCUAGUACGUCAGGCUCGCGUAAUAAGGGAAAAGCCAGACGAGGUGUCGCUGAUGGGGGACCGGACGAUGAUGGGGACUACGCCACGUUACGCGAAUUACCAAUGAUGACUUCCCUGGAUCCAGCUGAUGAUUCCGCUUGCGAAGAAAAUAAGUGGGGAAGGUGGCUGGUACUUCGUAGGACUGGUAUUCCUAAAUUUACAGACCUUUUGGAGUGUGUAAACGACGACCAAGUGACUUACUAUGCAAGUGGUAACCGCGAUCUGCAACCUUCGGAGGGUGACCCUUCUCCUCUUCUCACCCCUGAACCUUUACCUGAUCCCGCCAUGGAGCCGCUUCCGUUACCACCGCCAACUCCGCCUUCCGAACCAUCCAUUGAAGUCGUCUCGGCGCCCCUAAUUAUUAAUGCCCAGGUGAACGGUGGUCAAACGCCUCGCUGUCUCCGUCGUGCCGAUUCUGGCAUGCCACACGAUGAACUGACCCCACGUUCAGAUUCUUCCAACUCUCCACCUCUCGACGUCGGACCGAAUUCAACUGGUCACAACAGCAACACCAGCACAAACAGCGAGACUUCCAGUGGAGUUCACAGCAAUGCGAGCAAUGCCAGCAACACCUCUCAAUCUUCAAGUUCUCAAAGGCGAGCUACAAGCGUAGAGGACCUGACUGGAGAACCACGGGAGGAACCUCAAUGGCGGAGUUGUUCUCUCCAGCGAGGCACCCUGCCACCCACAGCCAACACAAUUUAUCCACCCCCUCCUCCUCCAAACCCCAGAUCCAAUGGUUUAACCAACCAAAACUUCUCUCAGUAUGUAAACCACACUCCUAUAUACAAUGGAGAAAUGGUAGCAGGAUGUCCAGCAGUCAUCCUCGAAAGUCCUAACGAAGCCACAGUGGUCAUCAGGAGGAGAUCCUCCAGGCCGAAACUCGCAGAUCCUCUCAAUCCCAACGAGGAACCUUUUGGAAGGUCCACCAAUAUGAGGAUGACCUCCUUCACUGAAGGCAGUGACCUUCGAGCUAUCCAGGCAUCAUCAGCAACUUUGCCACACUAUCCAACUCAACCUGUCGUCACCUAUCCACACUGUUCCACCAUGCCCUUACCUCAUGCAUCCCACAGUAUGUCUGGGAAUAAUAUUAGUGGUGCCACCGGAAGCUGCGGAUCUGUUUCCAGGCAUACCAAUGGCCCACCUGUUCACACAACUUUACCUUCACACACAACCCUACCUUCUCACACCAUCUUACCUUCACAUACCACCCUGCCCUCUCAUCAUAAUGGUGUCAAGCUAAUUUUAGGUGCAGCCAAUCCCUUCGUCAAGCGCUUCCCUCAAGUUCCUGUCCACACACACACAGUGCAGGGCUGGGCCCUACCGGGACAUCACACCUUCCCGCAAGCACCUCUGAAUAAUAAGUUGUCUACACCCGCGCAAAUCAGGCAGAGCGAUCGUGACUCGGCGAAUUUUUCGAUGGCUAGUAGUGGAGAUUCGGACACUUGUCUGCCGCAUUAAGAAUCAAAGAUUAAGGAACGUUGAGGCUAAAGUCGGUGGGAAAAUUCUCUGAUCAUUUGAUUUUUUUGUUGAGAAUCUUUAGUAAUUUGUAGGGGAAAACUUGAAAAUGUUAAGAACUUGAACGGUUUAAAGAAUUAACGACACCCAAAGCUUACAGCAGAUGUCGCCGCUCUUUUUGGCGCUGCACGGCGCACGUUUUAUAACAUUUUGUAUUAUUCAUGACGAGCAGCUAUUCGCUGAAAUUUUGAGCAUGUGCAGUGGAGGUUAUUUUUCACGCAUGCGCUAAGUUUAGCCAAUUUAGUUGUAUUCAUGUGUAGCUUGAAGGUUUUGGAAAUUAAAGGCUUUAUGAUUUAGAUUCUUUUGAUUCAAAUCAUUCAGGUUGGAAUUAUUGCAUGGUAAAACUUUGAUAAUGGAAGACAUUUUUAAUUGAAAAGCUUUCGAAAUUGACAGAUUUAUCGAAGAAUUGAAAGACUUUCAAGUAUGAAGGCUUUUAAAAAGCUGGUAAUACUAACUGUAUCAAAAAUAAGUAACCAACUUGUUAGUUCUAAUCUUUUGGAAUUUCAAAGCUUUUAAAUAAAAAUCCUUCAAGUUUGAAUUAUUUUUUGUCAUUUUUUCAUUGAACUUUCUUGAAAUUAUGCUUUUUUAAUUGAAAGCUUUCGAAAUUUAAGGUUUUCUGAAUGUCAUUCAGAUUUAGACGCCUUCAAAUUUUGAAGCUUUCAAGUUUAAAUGCUUUAAGGUUUAAAUUUUUUUAAGUUCGAUAACACUAAUUCAAAUGGUUUCAAAUUGGAUAAAUUAUCAACUUAAAAAUUUCGGCUCAGUAAAAAUGGGAAGCUUUGACAGUCAAAAGCUUCCAGUUUUAAAAGAUUUGGAAUUCGAAGACUUUCAAAAUUAAAUGUUUUCUGAUUUGGAUGCUUUGAAAUUUAAAUAAAAUUUUAAUAAGUCGGAGCUUUCGGAUUCAAGGAUAUUUCAGUUUGAAUGGUCUUCAAUUCUAGAGCUUUAAAAUUUCAUCAAUUUCGUUUCAGACAAGUGGGUUAAUAAUUUGAAAACUUUUGCGUUAGAAAGCAUUAAAAUGUGGAAAUUUUCAUAUUAAUAUUUUUCAAAUUUGGAGUGUUGGGAAUUUUGAGACAUUCAAGUUUAGAAGUGUGUGGCUUUAAGAGUUUCUAACUCUUCUCUCUUUUUGAAUUUGAUGGCCUUUAAAAUUGAAAGUUUUUAAAUAAAAAACUGUUCAAUUUGGAAGUCUUUGAUUUCAAAGGCUUUUAAAUUUGAAGGUGUCUAAAUUCUCAUAUUUCAAAUGUGUAUACUUUUGAAUGUGAAGAUAUCCAAGUUUUUAUGCUUUUGAGUUUGAAAAGUUUCAAAUAUAUUCCAAUAUCAACCAGAACAUUUUUUCAAAAUAAUUAUAAACUGUGAAAUGUGAAUUUACUUCAGUUCUAGUGCUUUCAAAUAUGAAAACAUUAAAAAGUUCUUAAAUAAAAGUUCAUCCUUAUUAAAUAAAUAUCUCUUCAAAGAAUCAACUCUUCAGAGAAUUUUAUUCAUCAUCAUAGUCAGAGGUCUAACGUGAAAAAUGUCACACACUAAAUUUUAAUAUAAAUAUUCAAAUUAAUAUAUUACUUAAUUUCGCAAUCGAAAGCAGUCUGAUAAAAAAUUAAUGUUUAUAUUAUUUCCUCAAUAGAGAUUGUUCACGUUUUCACCUCUGUGAAUUUAGAUUAAAUCAAAUGGCAAUUGUCAGGAUUGGUUUCUGCACGAGACUCGACCUCGCCUUUUCUGAUAAUAAAUAAUUAUUCAGGUAGCAAAUUUUCGUAAAAAAAUGCGAGCCUAGUUCUUCGCACAAAAGCGGAAUCAAUGUAGUUUUUAUAUGGAAAACUUUGUACUUGUAUUUUUCGAUUUAAAGAGACGAAGAGCGAACAAGAAAUCACAUAUCUAACAGCUUUCUCUCCUAUUUUUUGAUACAGUCUUUGCAUCUGCAACGCGUGUGCUCAGCGACUUUACAUCAACUGUAAAGCUAGUGUAGAAGUAGAUGUUGCUUUUUCAAAUGUACCAAACAUCUUUCAGACAUAUCCUCCACUUGUGAUUGCACCUUAUCUCAAUUUCAUCCUAAAAUCAUAAAAAAAUAUCAAAAUUUCAAAGGGAUUUCCUCCUAAUAUCUAGAAAAAUGGCUAAAACUCAAGACAAGUUUCAUCGAGAAGAAAAUCUUUAUAUUCUACUAUGAAUUGGGAGUUUCUAAAUUGAAUUUACCGAUUCAAGAGCUCGAACUUUUUUUCUUUCUUGAAAAACGAACUAAAGUCAAGUGUUAGCUGUUAAUUCUGACAGCUGUGCUUUUGAUGUAUUUAACACUUUCAGAAACCAAUCCUGAAAUUCUAUUACGAAUGUUAAGAUGUUAAGAAAAGUGUUUGGUAAGAGGAUAAGUAUGUACCCAAAGACUUGCUUCCUUAUAUUUCCCGCAGAGAUGGUUUUUCAAAUAGUUAAUGAAAAAAAUAUAGACGAAAAAGUUUCUAAUAAAAAUAGGUACUAUCGCGUGUCGGUCUCGAUAGUUUCGAGAGCAUUUAUCGUUACUCGAUACGUAAGAAUUCGACAAGUAUUCCAUCGAUGUUAUGGGGAAUAUUACUCGUAUCGCUCUUAAUAAGGUUCGUGUAUAGGGAAAAUAAUUUCGUCACGACGGAGGCCUGUUUCCUUCCUCGGAUGUAUAAGACUUCUUAAGAAUGAAUAAUUAGGACGCUUUUUCUAACAAUAAUUGUAAAUUUUGUUAUCUAUACUCUGUACAUUGCUAAUCAUGUUUUUUACCAUUUUUUUUACAACUUUUCUGAGAAAUUCUAAAUUUCUCGCAAAAGUUUUUCACAAAGCCGUAAACAUCUUAUAGACUCUGAUAAAUGUUUCAACAUAUCGAUCAAAUGAAAAAUUUAAAAAAAGAAGACAAAAAAAAUCAUGUGAGAAAUUUCUCUGGGUCUAAAUUUGUUGGCGCAAUUUGUAAAUAUUUCUAUUAUGAUUAUCCGUUAUUGUUAAGCUACUAUUAAAUGCCAUUGAUAUUUGAUAAUUUCCUAUCUGAGAGGUUCUUAAUUCGAAAGGCGUAAAAAUGGCACUCUAAAGGGAUUACAAGUACAGUGGCAGGUGCCAUUUAUGUGUUCUUGAUUUCGGAUCGGAAGUAUAAAUGAAUUACUGCCAUUUAUUGAACAAAUCGACGAAUCUCCGUUUGUGCAUUUACUCUUAUCGACUGUCCAUUAUCGCCUUGUAUCUAUUAUUUAUCGUUUCGUUGGUGCAUGUCACUCGUUUUUUGUCAGUUAAUUUUUGUGAGUUGUAAUUUUUACUUUAAUCCCUGUGGACGUCAUUAAUUAUAAGUGAACUUUGCGAAAUGUUGCCGGUCUCUUCCUCGAAGCAGAAAUUGGUUUCUACAAAAGAAAAAUGUAUUUUCGCUGACUUCCUUAGCUAGUGUAAAGGUAGAACGAGAUGAAAAAUACUUUUUGAGGAUAACUCAUAAGUAUCAGCAAAUCACAGACCAUUCGUUGAAAUUAGAUCUUAGAUUUAUUUCACAUGGCCCAAAUUCUGAGGAAGACUCACAAUUUUCGAGACUUUUUUCUGAAAUCGAGUCUUUUUUCUGAAAUAAAAUUAAUUUUUUCACAAUUCCGUCAUAAAUGGACAAAAUGACAAAUAUUUUGGUACGAGGGUUUUCCUUGACUUGAAUGGUUUGUGAGAUUUUAGCACGUACUGUGUACCGACCAAUGAAUCCACGAGCGGUGGGUAAAUGAAUUAAAUUCGGUAUUCUGAAAAUAUUUUCCGACACCGUUUGCACAUAUCAUCUAAGAACCAGAUUGAAAAUGUACUUUCAAUCGUAGUCAGCAAUAGAAAAAAGCAGCGAAUCGAUUUUUGUCACAGAAUUUCAGAAACUGAAGAUAUCCAAAUUUUCAUGCUUCCAGGAAAAAAAAAAUUAAAGAAAAAUAUUUAACGAAGAAAUCUUCCGUAAAAGCGGCAUAAAAUGAUCAGGGGAAAUUUUCUAGCGGUUGUAAAAGACAAUAGAAGUGCUUUCAUACUUUUUGACACGUAAGAGAAAAAAAAAGAGAAAUUGAGAGUGUGUUUUACUUAAAGUCUACCUCGAAAAAAAAAAAAAAAAAAAAAAAAAAAAAAAACUGAAACGUUUGCAGCCAGGGUCAGCAACGAUCGAACGUACCUUUAUCCAUUCUCACAAUGAUCACCACCAUCCUUAGAAUCAGAAAAGUGUUUAGUAGAAUCGCGAGACUAAGAGAGAAGAAAGAGAGCGUUUGCUUUCUUUUUUGAAAAUAUUUUUUUACCGCCAUCGACACAUUUCAUCCUUAAGUCACUUUAGAUCCGGCUUGAUUCUUAAACGUUUAUCUGUAGACAGUUUGAGGAGGCUCCGAACCGGAUAAACAAGAGUGGAAAAUGAAAACGUUUUAGAUCGGCAAAAAUUCCUUCGUGAAAGUUCUCAUUUUUUGUUAGGCUUUCAUGGCUUUUCACUGGGGUGGAAUUAAUUACCAAAAGUGUAUUGAUUUUAUAAAAGAGUUGUCGAACACAUUCGUAUUUAGUUUGUUAUUGAAUUUUCCCUUCCAAAAUGAAAAAUAAUGAAAGAAUUUGUUUGAUUGAAAAAUGAAAACGAAAAAUAGAGUUUGAAUUAUUUCCAUCCCAUUUAAUAGAGUUCUGAGUGUAAUGGAUAGCCGGUCAGAGCUCUCCGCUUCGCGCUAUAGGGGCGAGAAACUGUGUCCUAACGUGACACUUUUAAAAGCUGUAAAUAGAAAAAUGAACCAUGUGAAAGCUAAUGUACGAAUAUUGUAUAAAGACUGAUUAGACUAGCCUUGGUAUUUAUUCGAAUAUGAUUACGCCAGCGUUCGCGCGCUGAGAUUUCACGUCGCAAGUGCGGUAAUCGGAUAGGUUUUUGGAUAUUUUCGUACUUUCCUGUUUCUUUCAUACAAGAUUAAUAU